UCGCUCAGUGCUGGCUACCGCGGAGCUGAGCCCGGCGGCGGCGGCGGCGGCAGCAGCGGCCGGUGUGUGCAGGGAGCCCGGGCGGCGCUGCCGAGCACUGCCCCUCUCAUCGCACUGGUGGCGGGCGGCGGAGGCUGCCCCCUGCCCGGCUCGCGCCCUCCUCGAGCGGCGGCAGCCGCAGCCCCCGAGCCCCCCGGCCGGGCAGGGGCGACGCGCGGGGCCCCGGGCGGCCCCGGGGGGAGAGGAUUGCUGCCGCCGCCGCCUGCCCUUCCACACUGCAUUUUUAAUGGAAACAUGGCGAUCUCGGCUCAGACCUGCAGCGCAUCUUCCAUGGUCCCGGCUCUUUGCGGCCACAUCGUCCUGCUCCUCGUCCUCUCCGCCCCCGCCGCGGACUGCUACAGCUUCCCCCAGCAGUACACGAUGCAGUAUUGGGCUAGAAGGCUGGAGCAGGAGAUUGAUGGAGUGAUGAGAAUAUUUGGUGGUGUCCAGCAGCUCCGAGGGAUCUACAAUGAGAACAGGAACCUGUUUGAAGUCAAGGAGAAUGUCCCCAGAAAGCUAGUGGAGAAAGUGGCGGGAGAUAUUGAAAGCCUGCUGGCGAAGAAGGUUCGUGCUUUAAAGAAUCUCGCUGAUGCAGCUGAGAGGUUCCAGAAAGCCCAUCGCUGGCAGGACAACAUCAAGGAGGACGAUAUUGAAUACUAUGACUCCAAGGCAGACACCGAAUAUGAUGACCCUGAGGUUGAUGGAGAAUAUGAAAAGGAGAAGUCCAACUCCCUGAAGCUGGAGUUUACAGAAGAUCCAAACUUUAAAACCAAGGUUAACUAUUCAUAUGCUGCUGUGCAGAUACCUACGGACAUCUACAAAGGCUCCCAUCGCUCUGUUCAGUGUUUGAAGCGUGCCUCUGCUCUGCACAUCACUGGCACGAGUCCGCCAGCAACAACCCCAGACUUCCCUGUCCCUGCCUCCCCGCUCCCUUGGUAUCCCCCUUCUGCUCUCUGCUGUCUGCAAGCAAAUACAAACCCAGGAGAGACAGCUACCGUGAUCCUCAAUGAGCUGAACUGGACCCAGGCCCUGGAGGAUGUGUUCAUUGAGAACCGGAAGAAAGAUCCAUCUCUGCUGUGGCAGGUCUUUGGCAGUGCCACGGGCGUGACCCGCUAUUACCCAGCCACCCCAUGGAGAGCACCUAAUAAGAUUGACCUGUAUGAUGUCCGCAGGAGGCCUUGGUACAUCCAAGGGGCUUCCUCUCCAAAGGACAUGGUGAUCAUUGUGGAUGUGAGUGGCAGUGUCAGUGGUCUGACCCUGAAGCUGAUGAAGACAUCCGUCUAUGAAAUGCUGGACACCCUUUCAGAUGAUGACUACGUCAAUGUUGCUUCAUUUAAUGAGAAGGCAAAGCCUGUGUCUUGUUUCAAGCACCUGGUCCAGGCCAACAUCCGCAACAAGAAGGUCUUUAAGGAGGACGUGCAGGUGAUGGUGGCCAAGGGGACAACUGACUACAAGGCUGGCUUUGAGUAUGCCUUUGACCAGCUGCAAAAUUCCAACAUCACCCGAGCCAACUGCAACAAGAUGAUCAUGAUGUUCACGGAUGGUGGAGAAGACCGAGUCCAAGAUGUGUUUGAGAAGUACAACUGGCCCAAUAAAACGGUGCGUGUCUUCACCUUCUCCGUGGGGCAGCACAACUACGACGUGACCCCCCUGCAAUGGAUGGCUUGUGCCAACAAAGGUUACUACUUUGAAAUUCCCUCGAUUGGGGCCAUCCGAAUCAACACCCAGGAGUAUCUGGAUGUGCUGGGGAGACCCAUGGUCCUGGCAGGAAACAAGGCCAAGCAGGUUCAAUGGACCAAUGUUUAUCAGGAUGCUCUGGGGCUGGGUUUGGUGGUGACUGGCACCCUGCCAGUGUUCAACCUUACGGAGGACAGCAGCAGCAACAGAAAGAACCAGCUUAUCCUGGGCGUGAUGGGAAUCGAUGUGGCUCUGAAUGACAUCAAGAAGCUGACGCCACGUUACAACUUAGGGGCAAACGGCUAUGUCUUUGCCAUCGACUUGAAUGGAUAUGUCCUGCUGCACCCCAACCUGCAACCCCAGAUUAUCAAUUUCCGAGAACCGGUAACACUGGAUUUUCUGGAUGCUGAGCUGGAGGAUGAGUACAAGGAGGAGAUCCGGAGAAGUAUGAUUGAUGGAAAUGAGGGGCAAAGAUUCAUCAAAACCCUAAUCAAAUCCCUGGAUGAGAGAUACAUUGAUGAAGUAUUCAGGACCUAUACCUGGGCCCCUAUCAAAAGCACUAAUUACAGCCUGGGGCUGGUUUUGCCACCCUACAGUAUCUACUACAUCCAAGCAAACCUCAGUGACCAGAUUCUCCAGGUGAAGUUACCAAACAUCAAAAUGAAGGAUUUUGAAUUCCUGCUGCCAAACAGCUUUGAGUCCGAGGGACGUGUAUUCAUUGCUCCCAGAGAAUAUUGCAAAGACCUUGACCAGUCGGAUAACAACACAGAAUUCCUGGAAAACUUUAUCGCCCUGAUGGAAAAGGUGACCCCAGACUCCAAACAAUGUGACAACUUCCUCCUUCACAACCUGAUCCUGGACACAGGAAUCACCCAGCAGCUGGUGGAGAGGGUUUGGAAAGACCAGGACCUGAACACGUACAGUCUCUUGGCUGUGUUUGCAGCCACUGAUGGGGGCAUCACACGAGUUUUCCCAAACAAGGCUGCAGAUUACUGGGAAGAGGCCCAUGAACCUUUCAAUGCCAGCUUUUAUCGAAGGAGCCUGGACAACAAGGGGUACAUCUUCAAACCACCCAAUCGAGACUCAAACUAUAGAGGUUUUGAUUUAGAAAACAACACCAUUGGGAUCCUGGUCAGCACAGCCGUGGAGCUCAGCAUUGGCGGAAGGACCCUGAAGCCAGCAGUGGUUGGAGUGAAGCUUGAUCUGGAGGCUUGGGCCGAAAAGUUUAAAGUCCUUGCAAGUAAUCGGACAGAUCGAGAUCAGCUGGGAACACGCAGGUGUGACCCCUCAGCAAGCUGUGAAAUGGAUUGUGAGGCCAACAACAAGGACCUUAUCUGUGUUCUUAUUGACGAUGGCGGCUUCCUGGUGCUCUCCAACCAGGAAGAUCAUUGGUACCAGGUGGGAAGGUUUUUCAGUGAGGUGGAUGCUAAUUUGAUGUCUGCCCUCUACAACAACUCCUUUUUCACACGGAAAGAAUCCUACGACUUCCAGUCUGUGUGUGUCCCAGAAGCACAGAGCAACACAGGAGCUGCCCCCAGAGGCGUGUUUGUGCCCACUGUGGCAGAUUUCCUGAACCUGGCUUGGUGGACUUCAGCUGCUGCUUGGUCUUUGUUCCAGCAGUUCUUGUAUGGACUCACCUACAGCAGUUGGUUUCAAACAGAGGAUGUUACAGCAGACAGCAUGGAAUCCAGAGAGACCAGCUGCAUCACCAAGCAGACCCAGUACUAUUUCAGUACCGUCAAUGCCACCUAUAAUGCCAUCAUUGAUUGUGGAAACUGCUCCAGGCUAUUCCAUGCACAGAGGCUUGCCAACACCAACCUGCUGUUUGUUGUAGCAGAUAAGCCCAUAUGUAGCCAGUGCGAGUCUGUCAAGCUUCUCCAGGCAGAGAUACGAGCUCCACCGAGAGAUCCAAAUCAAUGUGAGCUGGUAGACAAGCCCCGGUAUCGGAAAGGUCCCCACAUCUGCUUUGACUACAACGCAACAGAAGAUACCUCAGACUGUGGCAGAGGGGCAUCCUUCAGACCCUCCCUUGAUGUUUUGCUGUCUCUGCAGCUGCUCCUCCUCUACUUGACUGCCAGCCGCCACCCACUGCCCUUGGCAUCUUGCCUUUAAAGCAUCCAUUGGGUCCAAUCCAUCCAUUUUUUCUUUUAUUUAAAUCUCCAUCUCCAUCUCCUCCAGGCGUGUUGGAAAAGGGCAACUUCUUCUCGUCCCAUCUGCUCUGGUUACAUCUUGGCAAUCGCUCAUGAGGACCUCCUCUUCCUCUGCUUGGGAGCCUGGAAUAUCUUUUCUGUUUGUUUCUCUCAAACCUUGCCUGUCUAGUGCCUCUGCGCAGCAGGCUGGCAAACACUGAGCUCUGCUAAAGACUUGGGGAAGGACGAGGCACCCUGAGGCUUCUGUUCUUCUUCAGACAGUGAGCAACCUUGAGCUCUGCCUCACUGACUCCCACCCUCUCCCUCCCAUUGAGCUGUUGGCCAGAUAUGAAGAACAGUGGCCUCGUUUUCUGUUUGGUUUAUUUUUUCCCAUGGAACCUGUGGAAUUCUGGGAGAGUUUUUGUAGUUUCCACUGACAGAUGUCUCGUCAUCUUGCUAUCUUAAAAGUAUUUAACCAACAACAAUGACAAAUUAAUAUUGUGUUUGAGGUAAUUUACCUUCCCACUCCACCCAUCCAAACACAAACAAAAGCAUAGAAGAGAAAAAAUAUUGUGUUUUCUUGCCAAAUCAAGACUAUAGUCUAGUUAACUUCUCAGCCAAUUGCAAUGGCUUUUUGAACUCAAAACAGUCAGACAUCAUAGUUUUAUGAUGUCCUCAUUUGCUUCUCCAUUCCACCAACUCGCUAGGUGCUUUCCAAUGCCAUUGCUUCCAAGUCUUGCAUUAUUUAUAUCCAUCAGUCUGAUCUUUUAUUAUUUUUAGCCUGAGGAUUUUAAAUCAGAUCUUUCUACAUCUAGUUUCCAACAUUUUAGCCUGAAAAAUUACAGUAUUUAUUGUCAACAAGGAAACAAAAAAGAAAAAAAAGAACUUAAAUUGAA